AAUGAAAUACAUUUUUUAUUACCAUUAAUUAAGAAAAUAACAUGGAAAAUCGUUUUAGUAAUAAGAACAUACAAAACCAACAGAAACUCGAAUGAUCUUUCACAUUAUUUUUUAGCUUAAAUUAAACGGAGAUUAUUUUUCGAUACUAAUGCCUGCGAUUGUUUAACGAGUAUUGAUUGUUUAAACCAAAACUAGAUUACAACGCGGAAGUUAAAACAAUGCAUAAAGGAAGUAAUAAGCGUGUAACGGUUUUAGACUCAAAAUCAUGCGAGGAAUUAUAGGAAAUUAACGCAGUUAUAGACAUCGGUGAUAAAACAUCAUAACAUACAAAUGGGUGGUGCUCAGUCUACACAGAAGAUGGCAACGGAAGACAUCCUGAGGUUUUUGGAGGAAGAAGUGAAAACCUGGGGUGACAGCAUAAAAAAUCUUAGAGAAAGUUGGAAGAAUAAAGAGAGUUGGGUACCUGCAUAUCUGAGAAAACAGAUAGAAGAAACAGAGACAAGAUGGCUUAAUAUCAAGUCAAUAACAACAAAGCUUGAAGAAAAAAACGCCCGAAUUAAAUAUCCCGAAACAGCCAUGCAGUAUGCAUGUUGUUGUCAGGAAAUUCAAAGAAAAACAGAUGCUGAAAUGAAUCAACUGAAGAAAGAAAAUGAAACGUUACUUCGAAAUAAAGAGGAGACCGAGUUUAAAUUGAAGAAACUGAAAGAAAUAGCUACAGAACAACAAUACAAACUUUUUCCGUCAAAACUGCACACUGAGGGAAACGUUAAGACUGGUAACACUGCGUCGAAGGAUCGAUUACGUCGAGCUGAUGAAUAUAGAACUCUGGGCCAGGAUGAAUUUCUUAAAAGAAUGAUGAAUUUGGAAGAUGAAUUUGAAGAAGAAAAGGCCCAACUGCAGACUGAGAAAGAGAUAUUGGCCGCACAGAAAAACAGUCUUGAAGAACGUGUCGAACAUCUAGAAAAAACAAAUUCUGACUUGCAGGAAAGAAAUAGAGGAGGGUUAGACAAAACUGAUAGACUUGAAGCUGAAAAUGCAAAGCAACAAGAGAAAGAAACACUACAGCAAAGCCAACAGAUAAAAGAAGACAAAGAAUGUCAGACCGAAGAAGAAAUUGAAGAAACAUUUAGAAAGGCGAAAGACGAGCUGAAAGAGAAAUAUCUACACGAACAGUCGAAAAAUGAAGAAUUGAUUAAAGAAAACAACCGUCUAAUUGAAUGCAACACACGUCUUAGUAAAGAAAAGUCAGAAAUGCUGGCGAGCAGAAAUAAAAGCUCUUCAGAACAAACUGCCAAAGGUGAAACAGAACGCCAGAAGCAACAUAAUGAGGAACCAUUAAAGAAACAAAGUCAGCAAGUCAAAGCCACACAAGGAAAACAGACUGGAAGAGAUAACCCGAUAGAAUCAUUGAGAAAGAAGUGCCAAAAAAUGGAAAAAGACAAUCUAGAACUCCUCGACCAGAGGGAAAUGUUGAAAGCACAGAAUGAUUCGUUACAGACAUAUGCCAACCAACUUAAAGAAGAAAAGGAUGAAUUAUUGCUUAGGCUAAGUAAAUUCGCUGGAGACAAACUUGUUGAUAACAAUCCUGCAAUUACCGACCUGAGUGAUCCAAACCGACCUACUAAGCUUGGAGAGUUUUACAGCGAGAUAUACGACAAUGAAUGGACCAAUGCUUUUGAAGCGUUAGUACAUGCUGGCUAUGACGAAGUAAAAACGAUAGAAACAUUAAGACUGACGUUACAGAACGUGAUGCAAUUCUGUGAGAGAAAGUCUGAGCUUUUGUUACAAAAAGUUUCUGAUGCUGUAAAUCUACUGUUUGAAGAGUACCGACAAACUGUUUUAGAAAUGAGAAUGCCAUCGCAUUUAACAAUGCCAAAACAGCAGGCACGAGAUGUCGGACAAUUUCUUCGUCGUGAGAAGUCUUCGCUACAAGAUAUAAAACUACAGCGCAGAUGGGAGCCCGAUUCUGAUACAAAUGCCGAUAGUGUUAAAACGAGUUCCGAAAAAAUACUGAAAGACGAACACUCAAAAUUGAACGCUGAUACUAAAUUGAAGCAGCUGCGAAAAGACAUGGCGUCAUCAAUGGUGCCUAUUGUGCAAAAGGCGUACAUCGAAGCAAGCUGGACAAACAGAUGCAUAGAAGAACUAAAACCAUACAUUCUGAAGUGCCUUUACCUAGGCUGGAUGAUGGUUGUCCAAUCGCCACCGCUGGUCCUACAUGAAUUUCCCACCGAAAAAGAGAUAAAAUUUGAUAAAAACAUGUACAAAGAAUACACCGCAUCCGGACCUCUAGUCAGUUACGUGGUUUGGCCAGCGUUGUUGUUAGAGGAAAAUGGACCUGUCGUCUGCAAAGGCGUGGCAGAAGGGCAGAAACCCUAAAACUAGAUGUUUAGAUGUAGUACCGAUAAACAGAUGCAUGACUUGUGUAAAUGACAUAGCUAACACAAUGUUGGUGAUCUGCGAAGUGUCUUUUAUAUAACCACUACAUUUUAUGUUUUCGUGUUUUAUGAUACUUAAACAUUAUAAUUUUUUAGCUGAUUAAAUGAAACGCAAUAUGACCAGUGCGCUGUGGAAAAUGAACUUGCCGUGUCGUAUGGAAAAUGACACAAUACACAUUUCCAGCAACAAGAAUUCGGAUCGUAAGUUUGCCGAAGGAAUUCAAAACAAUCAUCAUAACUAUACACGACGUUUUAUUGUUUUGUGUUUAUCAGUUUUAAUUUUAUUUUGUGUUAAAACCUUGAUCUUCAGACAAUGGUUUUACAAUAUCUUCAUACAAUGUGUGCUGUUGAAAGCCAACAGUGGAACAUAAUUCUCUUCAUGUUCUAAACCGAUUUUCAUAACAUAUAAUUCUUGCCUUUGUGCUUCAUAAUAAUUUCCAUAAUUAAUUUUGAAGAACGAGAGCUGCAGGCUCAUUUUCAUUCGUUUGAGUUUUAAUCCAAUAAAGAGUUAUAUUCAACGUUUUUAUUUAAACACUUGAAGUAAUCUCAUUGCAUAAAUAUUAUCUUAAACAUCUUACAUUCCGAAUCUAGAACUUUCUAAGAAUUAUCUUUUAAACCUGUCUGUCACUGAUUCAACGUUUUUAUUUAAACAUAGGUUUGUGUACAGAAAUAAACUUUGACCUUGACAUUGACCUAGUGACCUAGUUUCACAUUUCUGUAGCUACAGCCUUCAAAUUUGGACCACACGCAUAGGUUUGUGUACAGAAAUAAACGUUGAUCUUGACAUUGACCUGGUGACCUACUUUCACACUUAGGAAGGUAUAGGCAUGUUAAGUUAUUUCUGUGUAGGAAUUAUAUAGUGUACUAUUUUUAGCCCACCAUCAUAAGAUGGUGGGAUAUUCAAAUCACUCUGCGUCCGUGGUCCGUCGUCCUUCCGUUCGUCCGUCCUUCUGUCCGUUAACAAUUUCUCGUUAUCGCAUCUCCUCAGAAACUACUGAGGGAUUUUAACCAAAUUUUCACAGAAUGAUGUAUUGGUAUCCUAGUUGUGUCCCUCUGAAAAUCAGACUGGUUCAACAAUUUUUGAAUGAGUUAUGGCCCUUUGUUUUUUUUUUAAAUUUACAUAGAUUUGUAUAGGGGAAAUCUUUGAAAAUCUUCUUGUUUAAAACCAAAGGGCCUAGGGCUUUGAUAUUUGGUAUAAAGCAUCAUCUAGUGGUCCUCUACCAAUAUGGUUUAAAUUAUUUCCCUGGGGUUAAAUAUGGCCCCGCCCUGGAGGUCACAUGGUUUACAUAGAUUUAUAUAGGGAAAAACUUUGAAAAUCUUCUUGUCCAAACUACAAAGCCUAGGGCUUUGAUAUUUGUAAUGUAGCAUCAUCUAGUGAUUCUCUACGUAGGUUGUUAAAAUUAUCCCCCUAGAGUCAAAUAUGGCCCCUCCUAAGUAGUUACAUUGUUUGUAUAGACUUAUAUAGGGAAAAACCUUCGAAAAAUCCCUUGUCCAAAACCACAGGGCCUAGGGCUUUGAUAUUUUGUAUGUGACAUCAUCUAGUGGUCCUCUACUAAGAUUAUUCAAAUUAAUAUGGCCCCAUCCUGGGAGUCACAUGGUUUACAUAGACUUAUAUAGGGAAAAACAUUGAAAAUCUUCUUGUUCAAACCACAAAGCCUAGGACUUUGAUUAUUAGUAAUGUAGCAUCAUCUAGUGGUUCUCUACGUAGUUUGUUAAAAUUAUCCUCCUAGGUUCAAAUACGGCCCUGCCCUGGGGGUCACAUGGCUCAUAUAGACUUAUAUAGGGAAAAACUUCUUUUUGUCGAUAACCUACAACAUUCAAAUUUGGACAACAUGUAUUGUUUGAGUGGCAAGAUGAACCUUGGCAUGAGUUGACCUUGAUCUUGACCUAGUGACCUACUUUUACAUUUUUGUAGCUACAGCUAGCCUUCAAAUUUGGACCACAUGGAUAGGUUUGUGUACCAAAACAAACUUUGACCUUGACAUUGACCUAGUGACCUACUUUCACAUUUUUGAAGGUACAGGCUUCAAAUUAGGACCACAUGCUUAGUUUUGUGUUCCAAACUGAAAUUUUACCUUGAUUUUGACCUAGUGACCUACUUUCACAUUUUUCAAGUUACAGACUUCAAAUUUGGACAGCAUGCAUAGUUUUGUGUACCGAAAUGAACUUGGAUCUUAAGAUUGACCUAGUGACCUACUUUCACAUUUCUGAAGCUACAGGCUACAAAUUUGGACCACAUGCAUAUUUUUGUGUUCUGAAUUGUAAUUUGACAUUGAUUUUUACCUAGUGCUUUCACAUUUCUCAAGCUGCAGCCUCUAAAUUUGAAGCACAUGCAUAGUUUUGUGUACCGAAAUGAACUUUGACCUUGAAAUUGAACUAGUGACCUACUUUCACAUUUCUCAAGCUACAGCUUUCAAAUUUGGACCACAUGCAUGGACCACAUGCACAGUGUUUUGUACCGAAAUGAAAAUUGAUUUUGACCUUGAGAUAGUCUUGAAAUUUGGAAGAUUCAAAAAUGGCUCAAUGGUGGGCGCCAAGAUCACUCUGUGAUCUCUUGUAUUGACAUAGUCCUGUCACUUUGGAGCAGGGAUAAACAUUCUGACAUUUCUUGCAAAUUUAGCCGGCUUAAACCAACCAGAAGUAUUUUUGCUACUGAGUAUUCCUAGGCGCAGCCCCACUAUUCGUUUGUGUUUCAUUCUCAACUUGAUUUCGUCUGUGUAUAAGUAUGUACAUGUUCAUUGCAUACUCUAUUGGAAGAUUGUGCCGUGGAUGUCAUUUGGAUCUUUUGAUUGCUUUCAUCAUUUAAAUACAUCUAAUUAGUAGAAAUCUUCUGUUAUGGUUUGAAAAGGAACGUCUGGAAUAUUAUUUCCGCAUUAUGAGGAUGCCAUUAACAUGUAAUAUACGUUUUUGUGCAAACUGUCAAUCUUUGGCAAAACUUUAUAUCAUGAAUAAUGUAAGAAGCAAAUAGGAGAGAUCGUGUUUGUAUACAAACCCGUUGUAUUUUCUAUUUUUAGCACUGAUAAGACAGAGAUCGGGUUGGCACACGCCGAGCGUCCAUGUUCUUUUGUAAAUAGUAAUGUUUUUCUAUCGGCUUAAAGUUCCUUAAAACUCAGAUUAUAUCAAUAGUUAUUUGAUCAAUGGAAAGGUUAUAAAACAAGCAAUUUAUUAAUAACUAUUAAUCAUUUUUUCGAAGUAAAAUGGAUGAGUUAUGAACGCUUAACUUACAGUGUUUUUCUAAAUGUUUUGAACAUCGCUACGCCGCUAUUAAAAUCAUAUGUCAUUUAAAAUGGUAACUCAUUUUAUAAAGAUAAUUGUAUAAGAAAAUAUCAAAAUCAUAAGCAUUUCAAAACUUUUUGAAUUUUUAAAAUCUUUAAAUAAACGAAAAAGUUAUUAAAAAUUAAAAAUUCCGAUCCCAUACAUAAACAAUGUAAAAGCAAUUGUUUUGCCAACCACCAGAUAAACAGGUGUUAAUGCGUGAUGUCACGGCGAUCUCUCUUAUAAUGAACAUAUCUAAAUGCAUUAAGAACAAUAGCCGCUUGUCAUUUAUCAAACUGUAGUCAGCAAAAGCAAUUAUUGUCUCUUUUUGUUUUGACAUAGUCUUUUCUGAUUUAUGCAGAAAGUGUGACAAGUGUUAUACGUAAAUUUAGAAAAAAUUAUACAUUUCUCGAAGAAACGCGCCAGGUCUUUGUCAUUCUUUUGGAAUUUAUAGUGCACUUUCAUGUUUAAGUAAUUCAAAAUAAAGAGUAAA